UGCUGGGCUGAACAGGGGUGUGGUGUCAACGAGCGGCUCUGUUUGUACUCUGUGGCUGCGCGUUUUCUCAAUGCGUAAAAACGCGUGCGCGACGCGCAUCUCCACUUUUCGGCGAGUGAGGAGAGGUGGGACCUCGGACACGUAUUUAUAGCAGCAAUUUGCGAUCAUAAAAGGUGUUCCUGGUGGAAGAAGUGAGGGGAUCAUAUUUAACACUGUGUGGACGUCUUUUCUUUAGCGUCGGACAGAGCAGCGAACAGCAGUGAUCAUGGAAAGCAAUGAUGUUAACGCACAUAAACUGGUGCCACACAAAGGCAUCAAGCUGAUCAACGGGACGCAUGAUCCAGAUGAUGUGGACCAGAUUUACAACCUGGAGAUCAGGGACUCGGAUGUGUUUGUCAUCACAUACCCAAAGUCAGGGACAAUCUGGAUGCAGCAGAUUCUACUGCUGCUUGAGUCAAAGGGAGAUGUGACAGCUGCCAGUAAACUCAGCAAAUAUUCCAAUGCUGAUCUCAUCCCCUGGAUUGAGGUGAAGGGCAGCAGGGAGGCGUUCAUCAUGGCCCCAUCACCCAGACUGAGGGUCACCCAUCUGCAGCAUCAGUUCAUGCCCUCUGCUCUGAGCCAGAGGGGCAAGGUGAUCUACGUGGCAAGAAAUCCCAAAGAUGUCCUUGUGUCUUACUACCACUUCCAUAAGGUUGCAAACAUGUUGGAAACGCCGAGGGAUUUCAACGACUUCUUUGACAAAUUUUUGAGAGGAGACGUGUUUGGGUGUUGCUGGUUUGAUCAUGUUAAGAUUUACCAUUCACACAAGGAUGAUAUGAACAUGCUCUUCAUCACUUAUGAAGAAAUGAUUCAGGACCUGCAGUCUGCAGUGAGGAGGAUCUGUUCGUUCCUGGGUAAAGAGCUGACUGAUGAGCAGCUGGCAAAUGUGGUGAAACACAGCACUUUCAACAACAUGAAGAGGAUCCCUCAUGCCAACUAUGAACAGGUGCCAGGUGAUCUGCUCAACCACCACCAGGGAACAUUCAUGAGGAAAGGCACCAUUGGUGACUGGAAGAACCACUUCACUGUGGCCCAGAAUGAGAGGUUUGACGAGGUCUUCAAAAAAGAAAUGAAGGAUGUUCCUCUGUCUUUUAUCUGGGACAUCAGGGACAUUGAGUGAUCAGUUUUCUGCUCUCACAACAAUUGCAAACAGUUGCAGCUCCAUGAACUCUGCUUCACAGAAACAGCGUCUGCUUCUGUUUCCCUGUGUAUAUUUUAGCAUCUGAGCCUACAUUUCAAUUUACUGCAGUUUUCCACAGCCUUUCAGUUUCCUCCAUUUUUUUCCAUUCCUUUUAGUUCAAAAACCUAUGCAAAUCUUUAUUGGGGUGUCUUAUAAAACCAUUGUGAUCAUGGAAUGACUUGAAAACCCUAAUCAAGCUGCAUUUACAACUAAAUUACCAUUAACUUUGACAAUAAUACAAAUGUCUUGCAUACCGUUCUUAUAUAUCUAAUUUGUACUCAGUGAGUUAAACCAUUGGAUGUUCUGCGCUGCUAAAUAUAUUUUAUCAGUCUAUAUUUCCUUUCACAUACGUCAGAGUUUAUUGAUGAAAAUCACAGUGAAACCAUGUUGUCUCAGUCUGUACAAGAGACCACACUCACUGCUUGUGCUCAGUUUCAUAGGAAUGAGACUCUAAGUGCAGGUGAGUAAACUAAACUUUGACUUCAACACCAAUGACUCACCUCAACAUCAACCUUUUGACCGAAUGACAUAACAUCCUCUGAAGCUCAAAUAAUCUAAAGAAUGCAGUUACACCUCUUUGUUUCCCUGAGAGCAGAGGCCUGUACGUCCAAGCAAGUUCAAUUUACCCAGAUUAUAUUUUAGUUAUCAGGCUUCUCUGAGCCUAACAUCAGCCAUCCUGAUAACCUGUACUACGAAGCUGCUUGUCAACUGCCUCAGUUAACUCUGGCUCAUGUGGCAGGGCCAGACUUAUUUAUUACAAACAACAGUCAGAACCAUAAAUAACGUAUUAAUAUGAUAUGAGAACAAACACUGAUACCUGCAGCAAAAUUUAGAUAUAGCGACAAAAAAAGUGCCAAUAUGAUCAUGUGACAAGAAAAGAAACACUAGGCAUGAUAGGGUAGUUAAAGGGAUAGUUCGCCCAAAAAUUCCAAUUCACUCAUUAUCUAAUCACCACUAUGCCGAUGGAAGGGUGAGUGAUGUGAUUGAGUCCCUGUUUCAUAUUGGGGUAGCGAUGAUGUGAAGAUGAUGAAGGAAUCUCCGAUGACACCGUCUUGAUUGUAUAAAAGGUUUAUUACAAAAAGUUCAGCAUAAAUGCAAGCACUGCAGUCUGCCUGGAGAGAGAUCCGGGGCCAAUGUGAAUCUCUUCUGCCUAACAGCUUCAACUCCCUGUUUAUAUAGGUGAGUUUUUUUCGUGAAUCUGUAGAAAACACAUCUGGCUUUCCUCCAGUUCAAAUUUAGGGUGACAGUUAGAGCCAUGAUCUAAUGCCCUAAUGUAUACAUUCAGUUUAUAUCCGACAACCUUAACCUCCUCCGAUUGUCCCAGGGCCUAUGGGCCUCAGACCUAGAGAUCAGCUUCCUUUAAAAAGAACACAAUACAUGGCAUUUCAGACACCACAUCCCAAAAAAACUUUUGGAGUUCCAGGGGUAAACAGUGUUUAUUUAAUUGACACUGUUUCGAGUUGUAUUUAAACUCACCCCUCCAUCGGCAUAGUAGAUAAUGAGUGAAUUUUCCUUUUGGGGGGAACUAUCCCCUUAAGUCAGGCUGAGGCUAAACUGUAAAUAAGCAGAGGGAUUUAAUGUGUUAAAAAUGUUUUUGCUCUUUUGUCUGAUGCUGCCAAGGCAGAGGGGCAAAGCAUGUGUGGUGAGCUCAGUCUUACUGAAAUGUUUCUUUUUCUCUGGUAAAAGAGCCAUACAAGGCUUCUGCUUUUAUUUCUCCUCAUGUUGUUCUGUGCUGCAGUGAUAAAAUAAGAUUUAAAGCACUGACACUGUCGGGACGUCUGUCAGAAUCUAAUAAUCUUAAUUGAAUUCAAAUUAAGCAAUAUUUAUUUUUUCUUUGCUUGUUAGAAGCUGUUUUAAACCAGAGUGGACACAUAAAAAAGACAAAUGAUACUUCAGAUUAUCAUAUUCAGACUGAAUGAUAAACUAAAACACAUGAAACAUGAAAAACACUCAUAAAUGGGCACAUACACACACAC